CAGCUGCUCUGCUUGUGUCCCCGCGAGGGUCCCCGAGUCCUCUGCGUUUGGCCAAACCCAGUGCCUCCGCUUCGUCCCUGGAGUCCGCCGGGACCCCAACCAGCCGGCUUCGUGCCCGGAAGUGGAUUUUGCCUAGUCACUCGCUGUGCUUUUGCUGAACGUAGCUUGGGACCUGAAAUGAAUUAAAUUUAAAAGUGUUUAUUGAGCCCCUGCUGUGGGGUACAGUGAGCAUGCCAAGGGACACACCACCCUUGUCUGAUAGCUCACCGAGUGGGGUUCUGGAGGACACAUGCCGGCGACAGGACUUCAACCCCAGUGAAUAUGACCUGAAGUUUCAGAGGACGGUGCUUGACCUCUCUCUCCAGUGGAGAUUUGCCAAUCUGCCCAACAAUGCCAAGCUAGAGAUGGUGCCUCUGUCCCGGAGUCGCGAGGGGCCCGAGAACAUGGUUCGGGUGGCUUUGCAGCUGGAUGACGGCUCCCGGUUGCAGGACACUUUCUCUUCGGGUCAGACUCUCUGGGAGCUCCUCAGCCAUUUUGCACAGACCAGGGAGCAUCUGCAGCAGCUGGGUGAGGUGACCCCUGCCUGCAUAUACAUGAGAGAUGAGGUGACAGGUGGGGCCGCCCUGCGGAGCACAACCCUGCAGUCUCUUGGCCUCGUAGCAGGCAGUGCCACUAUCAGGUUUGUCAUGAAGCAGUGUGACCCAGCCAGCAGUCAGGAACCUGGAAUCAUCAGGAGCAAGACUCCAGGAAGCCUGACUUGUUCCGUGUCAGCCAAUCAGGCUGUUAGCAGCCCUCAGCUCCCCUUGAAUUCUGGGGAGCUCAGCAGAGGAGACCUAAACCUUGCAGAGGAUGCAGGCACCUUGGAGACUGGCCUUGGGGGCCCCCAAAAAGUGGAUGCUCAGGAAAAACAGAAUGUGAAGGAGCCCACACCUGCCCUCUUCAUUCCCUUCUCUGGUGGAGGACAGCGGCUGGGGGGCCCUUCUGGGUCCUUGAAGCCUCUGGCAUCACCAUCAGCAAAGUUACCCACGGUCUUCUCCAGCCCUGGAGGCCCCUCUGAGCCCAAGAAAUUGAAGCCUGGUGAGGAACCUCAGCCGGAGCCAGAGCCAGAGCUGCCUGUGGACCGAGUUCCUGUGGUGUGCCACCCUGACCUGGAGGACCUGCUGGAGGCCUGGCCAGCAGAGCUGCCCGACGAGUUCUUUGAGGUGACUGUGGAUGACGUGAGGAGACGCCUGGCCCAGCUCAGGAGUGAGCGGAAGCGCCUGGAGGAAGCGCCUCUGGUGACCCAGGCCUUCAGGGAAGCUCAGAUGAAGGAGAAGCUGCAGCGCUACCCAAAGGUGGCUCUGAGGGUCCUGUUUCCUGACCGAUACGUGCUGCAGGGCUUUUUCCGCCCCAGUGAGACAGUGGGGGACUUGCGAGACUUUGUGCGGGGCCAUCUGGGGAAUCCUGAGCUGCCCUUCUACCUGUUCAUCACUCCUCCCAAAACGGUCCUGGAUGACCCGACGCUGACCCUCUUUCAGGCGAAUCUUUUCCCUGCAGCCCUUGUGUACUUUGGAGCACCGGAACCAGCAGGUGUCUACCUAGAGCCUGGGCUGCUGGCACGCACCAUCUCCCCGUCAGCAGCUGACAUGCUGGUGGCUAGGUGCAUGUCCAGGACUGCCAGGUCCCCAGCACCACAGCUAGACCCUGACCCUGUGCCCCUCGAGUCUGAGCCAGCUGCUGAGGAGGGAUCAGUGGUUGCCCCUGACACCAUCUCAGGGUCUGGCCAGCCUGUGAAGAGGAGUUUGGACAAGGUGCCCAAAUGGCUGAAGCUGCCAGCCAGCAAGAGGUGAAAGCUGCCGGCCAAGAGGUGCCUGUCUGCCAGGUGCAGGACCCCACCCCUUCCCUGAGCAGGAAUAAAGACAUGCUCAAGGUC